AUGUUCCCAAAGCCUCUCUUCCAUGUUGUGUGGCAAAAGCACUUCAAUUCACUCCUGACAAGAUGUAAAAAGGGCACACCCUUUUCAUACUCUCUCCUCAAGAACCUGGUCACCUCUACUCAAACAAGGUCAUUCAGUAAGCACUCAACUCGCUUUAAAGACCAACCACCCAAAGUUACGACCACUACCUCUUCGGCAGAGUUCACAAUCGAAUCCACCUCAUUACCACACACCAUUUGUAGUCAGUGUGGAAGAGCCACUUCUUUUUCAAAUGAAAAAACUCAACAACAACUUCAAGAGUCAUCCACCCCGUCCUUCACUGACGCUACAGUGUUAGCCAAAUAUUUGGGAAGAAAAGCAGCGAGAGAGCUUGUCAUGAAUGAGCCAGAUAAACAACGACGAUUUUAUUUGAAAUUGGCAUCCUUGUUAGUUUGUGGAUCUUUAUGUGCGUAUGCAAUGAUGUUCUAUCCAGACCGAAUGUUGUUUGUGAUUGGAACCUUCGUCUUGGUGGCAAUGUCUUUUGGUGCAUAA